UAUUAAUCAGUGAUACCAGGUAGUUAUCAUAAUGGCGGAAAAAGUGAAAAAGUUUUUUAAUAUAAAGAGGUUGAACAGUCAAAGAGGUUUUAAUGACCUAACACCUUCUCCUACUUUAGAGCCUCAAACCAGCCCACCGACUUUUAAACAAGCCAUGCAAAAUUCGUCUAAAACCAAUAAUAAUUCUUCUACAACGAAUUUGAUACCCAGGAAAAUGUCUGCGGGCGGCAUCAAAGAACUCGUGCAAUGCUCUUUGUGUCUGGAAGUACUCAGCGAACCAAAAAUGUUGCCAUGUCAACAUACAUUUUGUUUUACAUGUCUCAAAACAUAUGUGUCAGAUUUACCGGUUAUUUCGUGUCCCAUCUGUCGUACUAGAAUACAAAUUCACGGACCGAGCUUUGUAGAAGAUUUACCAUCGAAUCUUUACAUAGAUACAUUAUUGUCUAUGAUCGGUGUGAGUGUCACCCCGAAGACGGAAACACCCCCAGUCACACCAACGAAUAUGAGUUCUGUUGAAUUGUUUGCUGCUGGUAUAAGAUGUAGCCACUGCAGGUCCAUGUGUGAUAAUUCCGAUAUGUCCUCGUGCGAACAUUGUAAACAGAACUAUUGCCGUGUUUGUUGGUCGCAACAUUUGGAAGACAUGCGUUCACAAUUGGGAUCAAUCUUGAAAGAAUUGAAUUCAGCGGCAAAUAGAUUAGACCAUAAAACGGAACAUCACAAGGACCGUUGCGAUCGAAUUAUAGAACAAAUAAACGUUACAGCAGAGGAGAAGAUAAAUGCUAUUCUGGAAGCCAAAAUGGAGUUGUUAAAAGAAGCAAAAAACUUAAAAAAUAUUGGAGAUAUGUCCGCAUUAGCUCUGAAAUCGUCUUUGAAUGAGGCUUGUCUAGUAGCAACUAAUGCUAUGGACGUUACCCGGAAUACCAGCGAUCGUGAAAAGGUGAUAACUUUUAUGAACUUACAUGAAAACACACUACAACUGUUGUCGGAAGUUUCCAAAUGGGAUUCAGAUAAAUUUGCAUUCGACAAAGAGAACUUCAGCAUUGAAUCAGAUACUACAACUCCAUGUGACGCGGAAUCAGACGAUCCUGUACCUGAGGCUGCCAAACAGUAUGACCCAAUGGAAAGUGAGGGAAGUCUGAUACUUCAUUACAGAUCCCGCAACUUCGAUCCCCAUUAUAUUUGGCGGAAAACAUCACGCCCUGCAGGAAUAGGGGUGAGUCCUUGGAAUAAUCACCUCUACAUCUGUGGGAUGGACAGCCACUGUGUGCUGGUAGUAGAACGGACACAGGCCAAGAUUGUCACCAGACUGUCUUGUGAUGAGAUGCUUUGUCCAGUACAGAUUGCCUUCAUGAAGAGCCUGGGCGAGAUUUAUGUUACAGAUAAAUGGAAACAUUGUAUCCAUGUGUUUUCCAAAGACGGUGAUUAUGUAAGAUCUAUCGGUCAGAAAGGAAGUCGCGGGGGUAUGUUCCGUUCACCGGAAGGGAUCGCCACAGAUAAUGCAAAUCAUCAUAUUUACGUCGUUGAUACCGGAAAUGAUCGAGUACAGGUAAUCGAUGCUGAUGGCAAAUUCUUGGAUCAAUACGGAGUAGCUACAAAACCACAAGCAAUACUAACAUCGAGCCUAUGGGAGACAAAAGAUAUGAUCUGUACAGAAUUCAAUGCACCAACCGCUAUCGCCAUCACAAACGAUCGCGUUAUCAUAUUAGAUAGUGGAAACCGUAGAGUCAAAGUGUAUAACAAGCAAGACAAGAAUAAGAUCUUGGAGUUCGGCUCGUUGGGUCAGAGAAAGGGGCAGUUCAGACAGCCAGAAGUUCUAGCUGUUGAUCCAAUGGGUUUUAUCCUUGUAGGAGAUUCGGGUAAUUGCAGGGUCCAAGUUUUCAAGCCUAGCGGUCAAUUGGUAAGAGUAUUUGGAAGACUCGGCACAGAUCCUGGGAAGUUUGGGUGGAUUUCUGGUUUACAUGUCACUAAGCAAUUAGAUAUUAUUGUCAGCGAUGCAAAGAAUCAUAGUGUAAAUUUCUUCUAGUUAGUCUAAUAAAGCAUGUAUAUUUUAAUAGAAGUGUACAUAUGAAAACAAAAGAAUGUCAGUUUUUUAAGUAAAUUUAUAAAUGCAGCAAGAACUGACAGGGAAACUGAUUUUACUUGAUACGACUAAAA